AUGGGCCUCGUCCCCUUCGGCUUGCUGCCUAUGGACCCCGCCGCCGCCGCCGCCGCCGCGCUCACCGGCGCCAUCUCUCCUCCGUUCCCUGCCGGCGCAGCCGCCAACAGCGCCACGUACUGCAUCGACCCGGCCCUGCUCGCGUCCCUCCUGCCGCCCGGCAGCGGCAGGCAGCCCGCUGUCCCAGCAGCAGCCGCGGAGGCGACGAGGCAGCGCCGGGAGGAGGAGGAGGAGGCCGCGGCCAUCCGCCUGGUGCACCUCCUCGUCACCUCAGCCGGCGCUAUCCAGUCGGGCGACUACUCGGCCGCGCAUGGCAACCUGGCCGAGGCGCGCGCGAUCCUCUCGGUGAUCGCUACCUCGACGGGGAUCGGCCGCGUCGCGAAGCACUUCGCCGACGCGCUCGCGCAGCGCCUCUUCCCGGCGUACCCGCAAGCGGCGGCGCCUGCUCCGCCUCCCGCGGCGCCGGCCGACCUCUACAGCCACUUCUACGACGCGGGACCCUACCUGAACUUCGCCUACUCCACGGCGAACCAGGCGCUCCUCGACGCAUUUGAGGGCUGCGACCGCGUGCACGUCGUCGACUUCGCCCUCAUGCAGGGCCUCCAGUGGCCGACGCUCAUCCACGCCCUGUCCCAACGCGAAGGCGGGCCACCGUACCUCCGCAUCACCGGCAUUGGCCCGUACCCAACUGGCGCCGGCGACGAGCUCCGUGAGGUGGGCAUCCGACUCGCCGAGUUCGCGCGCUCCCUGGGCGUCCCCUUCUGCUUCCAGGGCCUCUGCGUCGACCAGCUCGACGGGUUGAGCAGCUGGAUGCUCAAAAUCGUCCCCGGCGAGGCGCUGGCAUUCAACUCCAUCCUGCAGCUCCACCGUCUCCUCGUCGACCCGGACGCCGACCCGGCGGUGGCCGCGCCGAUCGACAUCCUCCUCGACCUCGUCGCCGAGCUGAAGCCCAGGGUCUUCACGGUGGUGGAGCAGGAGGCAGACCACAACAGGCCGCCGCUGCUGGAGAGGUUCACCAACGCGCUCUUCCACUACGCGGCCAUGUUCGACUCCAUGGCGGCCGUGGGCCACCGCGGCGGCGCCAUCGACUCGCUCGCGGAGGCGUACCUCCGGGGCGAGAUCUUCGACAUCGUCUGCGGCGAGGGCAGCGCCCGCGCCGAGCGCCACGAGCCGCUGGGUCGCUGGAGGGAGAGGCUCGCUCGCGCGGGGCUGACCCAGGUGCCGUUCGGCCGGAACGAGGUCCAGCUGGCGACGGCGCAGCUGCUCCGCGCCACGCCGUCCUCCCCCGGCUCCGGGUACAGCAUCCUCGAGUGCGCUGGCAGCCUCGCGCUGGCGUGGCACGACCGCCCGCUGUACGCGGCGACGGCGUGGAGCGCGGCAGGGGGGAGCGGUGCCGGCGCCGUUGCUGGCACCGCCGAGGGGCGCGACAACGGCCGUCGGCCGCCGCAAGACUAG